GAAACUUACUUAUAACUGCUAAAAAUCAACAACAGUCUAAACACACCAUUGGUUAGACUAAGCUUCACUCAAAAGAAAAAACAACUCUCUGGCUUGCUAUAAAUAAAUGUUUACUCAAAUAACUUCUUUGUUCUUAUUCUCUUUACUUGCUUCAAUGGCUGUCUCUUCUGCAAUUGCUUCCAAUGAUCAAUGUAAUGAAGAAACCAUCAUGAGCAAUAAUAACCAGAAUGUUCUUCAGAAGCAUGUAGCAUUUUUCGACAGAAACAAAGAUGGUGUCAUAUAUCCAUGGGAAACAUUUCAAGGUUUUCGUGCAAUUGGAUGUGGAAUCGGUUUAUCAACUGUUGCAGCUCUUUUCAUCAAUAUGGGUCUCAGUGGAAAAACUCGUCCGGGUAAGUUUCCUAAUCUCCUGUUCCCAAUUGAGGUACAACACAUUGCCAAAAGUAAACAUACUAGCGACUCUGGAGUGUAUGACACUGAAGGAAGGUUUGUCUCAUCAAAAUUUGAAGAGAUUUUUCACAAGCACUCAAAUACAAAUGCAAAUGCUUUAACAGCCGAUGAGUUAUCGAGUCUUAUGAAAGCCAACCGAGUUCCUAAAGACUAUAAAGGAUGGGUGGCAUCCUAUACAGAAUGGAAAAUUCUCUACAUACUGUGCAAGGACAAGAAUGGGUUACUUCACAAGGAUACUGUUCGAGCCGUUUUCGAUGGUAGCCUCUUUGAGCAUUUGGAGCAGGAGAUAGCUCGCAAAAAAGAUGUUGCUUCCAUCUAAGAAGUGACAUUCAUAAUUGUUGAUUUUGUGGUGUGUUCGUAUGGUGGUGGAGAAAGUCAUCUCUUCAGAAGUAGAAUAUGAUUGAUACCUUGUGCUUCCUAGAAAGAAAAAAAAAAACAAAUCUACCGUGCGUUCUUUGUUCUCGUAUCAGGCUUACGAGUCACAAGCCUCAUCCAGUACGAUUCACCGUUAAGUUUGAUUCUAAAUGCAUAAUGUACUUGUUUCAUUGAUUUCAUAAAAGUAGUGUGUGAUUUAAGGGAAUGAAAAUGAUCAAGUGGUUUGAA